AUGGCCGCUCAAGAUCCACCACCAUCCGCGCGCGCCGAAGCAGGCGCGUACAUCUCGCGGGAUAGCUUCCACAAAAAGUUCACGGUACCGGCCACGGCCAGCCAUGGUGCCUUGACUUUUAGCUACAGCGAUGUUGGCGUGUCGCUGGAAGAGCAAUCUGGCGCUACACAGGCUCCGGUUGUAGUAUUUCAUCCAGGCCUAUUUGCCUCCCGCUAUGUGGGAGUACACUUGCACGCCUUGGCAAAGCACCUGGGGAUUCGCGUGCUCACUGUUGACAGGCCGGGAUUUGGUAGCUCUACAACGGUUCCUGUUGAAAAACGAGUUGACAUCUGGGUUGAGAUCAUCCCGUUGCUCCUUGCGCACCUGAAUAUCCCUCACAUUACCAUAGUCACACACUGUGCUGGGACCGUCUACGCGCUCAACUUACUCUACAGUUGUAGAGGCAUUCUCGAUCCCGAGCGACCGAUGGCCGUCUUGCUAGCACCAUGGGUUGACCCGCAACACUCCAAAAUGACACUGAUGCAGGCAGCUCAAUGGAUUCCCUCCCCCGCAUACUCGCUAUUCAAUGGACUGAGCCGCUUCGCUGCUCGUGGCAUGAUGUCGACUGUAUCGAGUAGCGAAGCUGUGUUUGACGCUUUUGGGAUGGGACGACGGUCGGAGGAGGAGGAAGAAACUGUUCAGAGUUGGGAUAGAGCCAACUCUUUGAAACUUGAAAGCGAAUGCGGCCUACCCCUCAAAUUUCAAGGCGCUCUUCAACUUCAGACGGUGGAGCACAUCUUUUCAGAAAGCACCGUUGGCUCCAGUGACGAAGCUCGCCACUGCGCCCGCAAAGCACCGCCGGGCAGCUGGGGCAAGGCAGACAACUAUGCAGUCUUUGUUAAAGAACUCGCUCAGCAAGAGCGGUCAAGAAACGGGAAUCAUGCAGAUGGAGGCUCGGCUGCGAAAUUGAAGGUGAUGGCGUUCUUCGCCUCCACGGAUCACAUUGUGGGCGAGGGCGGACGUGAAUAUGUCGAAAAAUGCUGGCGAGGUACGCCGAGUGAAUUUGACGAUGCUUUUGGUUUUAGCUCCAAAACCAUUGCUGGGUCUGGCCAUGAUGGGCUGGUCGUUGGAUUCGACAUUUGGAAGGAGAUUGCUGCCAAUAUUCAUGGCACAGAGACGCAAUAA